CAGCUACCAGUGAGUGACUGAUAACUGAGAACGCAUACGAAAGGUUUCAUUGUUUAGGUCUUUCUCUUGAGUGGCUACAUUGAUAUUAGAAGGAAUCAAGCAAAAGGAAGAAACUUUACAUUGCCGUCUCAUUAUGCUAUGCGCAUUAGGCAACAUUUCUUGCUAAGUAAAGUGCCAAAGUGAGGGGGGGAAAGGGAGUGGCUGAGAGAACCUGAAGUUAUCUGAUGCAGUGGGAGACAUAAGGCAAGGAAAAAGAUAAGGAAAAUCAUAUUGACAUCAGCACUGAAGACAGGUGCUUGGACAAAGUUGCUUUUACUUGGAUCUGAGUCUGGAUAAGAUACGCAGGAAAUCUCAAAUAAGAAAUUGAAGAAAACAAAUAGAAAUACUGACUAGGUUUCUAUUUUUGCCUUCACCUGCUGCUCUCAAAGCCCUUUAUAUUGGGAAUUAUGGCAAGCUACCUGUACUAUCUGCUCCCAGCUGUAGGGGGCUACGCUCUCACUUCACUGUACUUCCUGAAGAACCCUCACAUUCUGCACAAGAAGAAGCAGACAGCCUUCUACUGCACCCACAUCUCUCACAGGGGAGGCAGUGGUGAAAGGAUUGAGAACACUAUGGGGGCCUUUACACAUGCUGCUGAAGUGGGCACAGAGAUGCUGGAGCUGGACUGUCACUUGACUAAAGAUAGUCAUGUGGUUGUGUCACAUGAUGAGAACCUCCUGCGCCAGACUGGGCAAGAUGUCAACAUUUCCUCCUUAAACCUGGAGGAGUUGCCACCUUAUAAAGAAACCCUCGAGGUGACCUUUAAGGCAGGCCACUUCAGCACUGGGUCAGAUAGAAACAUUGCAUUAUUAGAGGAUGUCUUCUGCAAAUUUCCACACAUAGCUGUAAACAUCGAAGUGAAAGAGAAUAACAGCAUGCUGAUUGAGAAGAUUUCUGAUCUUGUGAAGAAAUACAACAGAGAGGCCAUCUCAGUUUGGGCCUCUGUUGACUCCACCAUCAUGGAAAAUUGUCGUAAAACAAACUCCUCCAUGCCCUACAUGUUCACUGUAAAGCGGGCUUUAAAGAUGCUCCUGCUCUACUACACUGGUCUUCUGCCAUUUGUUCCCCUCGGAGAGAGUUUCCUGCAGUUCUACUUGCCACAAAUCAUAAACAGAGAAUACAUUCCUGAAACAUGGAUUCUGAGGAGCAGACUGGUCAUCUUCUUAAUAGAAAGACUAACAUUGAGAGAAGGGAUGUUCAAGCACCUCAGGGACAGAGGAAUUCAGAUUCAUCUCUUUGUGUGUAAUGAGGAACAGGAUAUUGAGGCUGCGUUUGCUGCGGGAGCAACAGGAGUCAUGACUGAUUAUCCCACCCUGUUAUCAAACUAUAUUAGAAGGCACAAACAAAACAUGUGAUCAAACACAAUGUACUUCACUCUUGUCUAGUGAAACCAAAGACUAUAGAAUACCCUUACUAUACAUACAUACUUACAUAGCUACUAAGCCUUAAAGGGACUUUGGUCAAACACACAGACUCUACAAAUGCUAUUUGCCUUUAAACACACAGCCAAGUUUAUAUCAAUGCCAUUAUUAGCUUAUAAGCACUGGCAUAGUGUUCACAUGAAACUUGCUUUAUGGACAUUUCAUGAGUAUCAACACAUAUAAAAAAUAAAUGUAACUCAUAUAUUCUACAA